CAACGGUCGAUGUUGUUGGGUGUUUGAAUGUACAUUUGUGAAGUCUGCCUGCAUAAUGUUUAAUAAGAGAGAUUUGGCGAAAGCAAUUUCGCCUAAUAAAGUUAGAAAGAUUACGAAGAAACAGGUAGCGGUUAUUGGAACGAAACCUAAUACAAGUGGACGUACAAGUUUGUCGACACAAACCGAAUGUGGCUCACAAACAAGUAUUAAGGAAGAGGAAAAUCCUUUCUUUUACCAUGGUGUCGCUCAGAAGGGUCGAGAUUUACUUAGAAAACAAAACAAAGAAUUACAAUUCAUUUUUGAUAAAGUCUUUGAUGUACAAUCUAACAAUAGCGAUGUAUUCCAAGGAAGUACCAAAGACUUAAUCACUGGUCUGCUGGAUGGUUAUAAUUGUUCUGUGUUUGCAUAUGGAGCAACAGGCGCUGGAAAAACUCAUACAAUGCUUGGCAGCAAUGAUGAUCUUGGUAUUACAUACAGGACAGUAGCAGAAUUAUUUUAUCAAAUCGAAAAGCAGGGUGAGCAUCGUGAAUUUAAUUUAGGUGUAACAUACUUGGAAGUGUAUAAUGAGAAUGUUCAAGAUCUUUUACAUAAGUCUGGUCUUUUACAUUUGAGAGACGAUGGUAGGUACGGCAUCAUAGUUGCUGGCCUUAAAGUAAUUAGUAUUAACAGUGCAGGGGAAUUAUUGUCUCUUUUAGCAAAGGGUAACAAAAAUCGUACUCAGCAUCCUACAGAUGCAAACGCGGAAAGUAGCAGAAGCCAUGCUGUCUUUCAGGUUUAUAUUAAUAUUACAAACAAAUUAGAUGGCCAAGUGAAGAAAGUCAAAUUGUCUAUGAUCGAUUUAGCUGGAUCUGAAAGAGCUUCUGCUACAGGAUGCAAAGGACCAAGAUUCAAGGAAGGUGCAAAUAUUAAUAAGUCUUUACUAGCUCUUGGAAAUUGCAUUAAUAAUUUAGCUGAUGGCAUAAAACAUAUAACAUACAGAGAUUCCAAAUUAACACGAUUAUUGAAAGAUUCGUUAGGUGGGAAUUGUCAGACAGUUAUGAUAGCUAAUAUUGCACCUUCCAGCUUCAGUUAUGAAGAUACGUAUAACACUUUACGAUACGCGAACAGAGCGAAGAAAAUAAAAACUUACGUAAAGAAAAAUAUUUUAUCUUGCGAAAUGCAUGUGACUGGGUAUAUAAAAAUGGUGGAAGAACAAAAGAAAGAAAUAAGUUAUUUAAAACAGAGGCUAUUAGCUUUAGAUAAUGGAACUGUGGAUGUAUCGCUAGUGUCCAGGGAUACAAAGACAGAUCAGGAGGCAGAAAACAAAUUUAUUCAGCUACUUCAAAAGAAGAAAACCCUAAAUGAGAAAGUCUUAUCAUUAGAAAGUACCGACAAAAUACUGUGUUGUAGAAUUCAAUAUAAGAAAGCUGCAGAUGAGAGAUUACAUAAUCUUACAGCGGCUAUAGACGGCGCACGUACAGAAGAACAAAAUGCCAGUGGUAAAACGCGUGUAAAUAAAUCUUUGCAAUACUUCGAGCGGCAAAGAGAAUCCUUGAAAAGACAAAUGGUAACAACGUGGGAAGAAUUGUGUUUGAUUGAAACAGAAUUACAAAAACUGAAAACUGAAAUGCAGCCGCAGAAACUGGAAAAGUUCGAGAAUUUAUUUGCGCUAAAAAAUUGCGAAAUAGAAAAAGGUAGAUUGCAACAGCAGUACGAGCAUGUGAAAAGGAUCAGUAAUCUUCAACAGUGUGAAAUGCGGUCUCAUUAUUCGAUGAUUAAAACGAUGAGUGGAACAUUACAAAAUUAUUACAAUACAAUGAAAAGCAAUGAAACAAUGACAGACACGACAAAGGAGGAAUUUAAGCAAUUAAGUAAAUUAUUGGAAGGUGUAAGAAAUAUCAAAUGGUCGGAUAUGGAAAAGAUCGAUCACGAAGAACAUUUUUACAACUUGACUUGCCUUAGCAUAUCUGACUUGAUAGAUCCCCUCCAUAGUAAAGUGCCAAUAUACAUGAUUAAUUCUUUGAAUAAUGAGGAUCAGGCUAAUGGUCCUAAAGACACCUUAAAUACAACUUUCGAUACAUCUAGUUCAGACAUAGACAAAGCCAUCAAUAUGCAUGAUACAACUAUUACUUUGCUGGAAAGUUCAAACACAACUAUCAAUAAGGAUACAACGGAAUCAAACGAACACACAGAAGGUGGGAACAGUGAGGGAAAUUGUAUCCCGGGGAAGACGAGAAAGCGUGUUCUUAUGGAUAAAAAUCAUGAAGAUAGUGCAAAAACACCCAUAAAGCAACCAAGAACGAUACUUCUAAAACAUAAAAAUACACUGGACCCAAUAGGUAUCAAGGGUAAAGAAAAUAAACUUGUACAAAGACCACCGACAGUAAUGAGCGCAAAAAGCAUUGCCACAUUGAAUAAAUUAAAAGCGGAGAAACUUAAAAACGGUAGCAGUGAUGUGAAAGCAUUGCCCAGUGCUUUGAAAGCAAUGAGAGGAAAGGAAAGGCGUGGAUUAAUGACAACACAUCCAUACCAGAAGCCAAAUGAAAAACAGAAAUCCGUUCCAGCUCUGCCCUCGUCUCGAGUACCAUGGUAGCAGAGAUAGUAAUUCAUGAUAUAUCGAGCAAUGUAUGUAAUUAUUUAUGUUUCAGCCAGUAAAUA